CCCAGAGGCUGCGAUUGAUUGGCUUAGUAACGAAAUCGGAACGUUCGCUUCGCUAGUCUAACGAGCGAAUUAGUCCCCAAUAAAUUACCAUUCCAAAAUGGGAGCUUACAACUUGAGGAUCUGCGCCCUGGUCGCCUGCCUUCUGCUGGCAUCGCAGACCAGCGGCUACACGAUGGAGCAGAUGUGCGCCCAAUGGUCGGGCACCGGGUACGUGGGCAACCCGAGCAACUGCCGCGCCUGGGGCUAUUGCCAGGGCCAGAAGCUGGUCGGAUGGGGUACCUGCACCAACGACUACAUCUUCAACUCGCAGAAGGGCGCCUGCGGCUACGCCUCGAGUACGGUGUGUGCCACCAGUGCGGUGCAGACCUGUGCGUCCGCCACCUCGCCCAUGUACGUGGCCGACCCGAUGAACUGCACCCAGUACGGCUACUGCGACGGCAAGGGAAACGUGCAGUACGGCAAUUGCGGCGUCGGUGGCGUCUAUUCCGCCAGCAGCGGCAAGUGCGUGUGGGGACCCAGCUGCCCCCAGGACAACAUCUGCCAGUUCAUGUUGUCGGGCAUCUACGUGGGCGAUCCGAACAACUGCGGCGCCUACGUGGCAUGCAACAAUGGGGUGGCCACCUCGGGUACCUGCGGCACUGGCUUGACCUACAACCUGGCCAACGGAUUCUGCCAGGAGACCAACAACUGCAACGGUGACAGCAGCAACAGUGGAUCCUCCGGAGAGUUUACUGUUGGUCAGCAGGAUGAAACGAUUUGCAAUGAACUCUGGAACGAUGCAGUUGAUGUCAAAGUGAAAAACGAAGUUCAAACCUAUAGAUACGUUUCGGAUCAGACUACUUGCUAUGGCUAUUACUUCUGCGCAGAUAAAGAUGCUGUUGGCUAUUGGAACCAAUGCCCCACCGGCACUCAGUUUAAUAUCAAAGCCGGCCAGUGCGUUUCGCCAGCCUCCUUUAUCUGUCCCUAUAAUCGUUGUGCCAACGUCAACUCCGAGUUCAUGGCUGUCAUGAAUACCGGAUGCAAGAGCUAUACAAUCUGUUCCAAUUCCGCGAUCCAAAAUUGCCCCACCGACAUGUACUACGACGAGGUGAACAAUAUCUGCACCGGCACGCAGCCCGAUUACCCCAUUUGCAAAGGCAGGUACCCAUCCACUGACUAAAAAGCAUUUUUUCAGACAUGUCCAAUGCCGAGAUACCUAAUGCAACAUGUUUGAAAAGCACAUUAAUUAUAGUUCUGUUCUUAAGUCCACUCUGCAAGGGCUGAGAUGAAAGCAUUUAAAAUAAAAGCCAAUAAAAAACGUCGAAUUUGACCAAACGAAA